AUGAUUGGCGAUAAUUGUUCGGUGAAUCAGGCGAUUGGUCGAAAAUUGGAUGUACUGCCUUUUAUUGGUUGUGCUAGUCACCGUUUUCAGCUGGCUGUGAAUGACGUUUUGGCCAAUGAAGAGACGCUAUUGGCCAAAAUACAUGCACUGAUGAAACAUUUGAGCACUAUCAAGUGUCGAGCUGUGUUAAGAAAGGUUACGCCGCUGGCGCCUGCUGUGCGCAACGCGACGCGUUGGUCAAGCGUGUUCAGCAUGGUGGAUCACUACACUAAGCCACAUCGCGCACUGCAACCAAUGGACCACGCGACAAUCUCUACGCAUGGUAUCGCGCUCUUCAUGCUAUCGGAGAGAGAGACUGCCCAAGCGACGGAGCUGCUGUCGACGCUGUACGACUUCCAGGAAGUCACGAAGGCUUUGCAGGACCUCACAUUGACGCUAAUAAGGGUACGGCGCGCUUUUGACUGGGUCUCGCGCCAAUAA